UGUGAGUGGGGGUGAAAAGAGCCUAGUUGGUCGGCGUCAUUGUCGAAAAUCAAAUCAUGGCUGAGUUUCCAUAUGUGUUCGUUUGCUAUGACCCCAAAAAGAAGAUGCUGGGGACGUGAUUUUUCUCAUUUUCCAAACCUUCACCUGAAUUGCAUGAGGCUAGGGUGUUCGUUCCGGCCAAGUGCUGUUUGCCGGAGCCUGCCUGGAGAUCUCUCUUGUCUCGCAGUCACGACGGAAGGCAGUGGAACAUCAGCUUCAGGCUCUUAGCAGCAAGAGCCUGCAGAAGCCCGAGGAGAUUUGGGGGAUUGAACUGCCCAGAGUGGAAGCGCAGUGAUGACAGCCUGUUGGCCAGGGCCUAGCUCUGACCUAGGUGACCGCACCACCGUCCUGGAUGUACAAUGUUACUGAAAAGGAAGACCCAUCGCCUGACCCCUCGGAGGGGGAGGUAGCGCGUGCCCAGAAGAUGGAGAACUCUACAGAGAAGAUGCCGGUGAACAAUUCCUCCAGCUGCAUCAUCGACCACACCAUCCACCAGACCCUGGCUCCCGUGGUGUACAUCAUGGUGUUGGUGGCCGGCCUCCCAGCAAACUGCCUCUCGCUUUACUACGGCUAUCUGCAGAUCAAGGCCAAGAAUGAACUGGGCGUCUACCUGUGUAACCUGACCAUGGCUGACCUUCUGUACAUCUGCUCCCUGCCCUUCUGGCUCCAGUAUGUCCUGCAGCAUGACAACUGGCCCCACAAUGACCUCUCAUGCUUGAUCUGCGGGAUCCUCCUCUAUGAGAACAUCUACAUCAGUGUGGGCUUCCUCUGCUGCAUCUCCAUCGAUCGGUACUUGGCCGUAGCCCAUCCCUUCCGCUUCCACCGCUUCCGGACGGUGAAAGCUGCUGUGGCGGUCAGUGCGGUCGUCUGGGUCAAGGAGCUGCUGACCAGCAUCUAUUUCUUUGUGCAUGAAAGGGUCUUCAAGGAUGAGGAAAACCACCGAGUGUGCUUCGAACAUUACCCCAUCCAGCUUUGGCAGCGCAACAUUAACUAUUACCGUUUCUUCGUCGGUUUUCUCUUCCCCAUCUGCCUACUGCUCUUCUCUUACUGGGGCAUCUUGCGGGCCGUCCGCAAGAGCCACGGUACCCAGAAGAACAGGAAGAGUCAGAUCAAGAGGCUGGUCCUGAGCACAGUGGUCAUUUUCCUCGCCUGCUUCCUGCCCUAUCACGUCUUGCUGCUGGUGCGCAGCUUGUGGGAGGCCACUUGUGAGUUUGCCAACAACAUCUUCAACAUCUACCAUUUUUCUCUCCUCCUGACCAGCUUCAACUGUGUGGCCGAUCCAGUGCUAUACUGCUUUGUGAGUGAGAACACCCACCGGGACCUUGCCAGGCUCCGGAACUCCUGCUGUGCCUUCCUCAGGUGUGCCAAGACUGGGACAUCCCGGGAAUUGUACCAGCUGAAUACUCCCAACACCUCUGGGAAAAACAAGACCCCAACGGAAGAGCCAGAGCUGCUGAGGAAACUUCACGCGACCGGGGAGGACUUUUCUGUACUCAACACGGGGAACUGUCCCUCCAGAAUCUUAGCCGAGACAGACGGCUAUCAGGCAGAGGGACCGAUUUAGGACUCUAUAGAUGGGUGAAAUGGGUGUACUUGUGCUCUGAGGCCAAGAUUUGGUCCCAAUUCUCUUCUUUGGCUGGGUUGUCUCUGCCUCAGUUCCACAUCCUGGCUUGUUCUUACUGCGUCGAGCCCCCUUCUGGAUAAAAGAAGGCAUUCAGUCCACAGAGCAGGGAAAACAGAAGCCAAGGGACCAGGCAGGGCGAGUCACGGACACAUGUGGCUGAGUCAGUACAGUCACACUGGCUCUAGGAGAACCCAUUGAGAACUGAUGGGCAGAGUUGGAUACCAUGUGAAUAAGCUACAGUGGAUUUAUGUAUGACCCUUGGGUGCUGACUGAAUGUUUUAGGGGUGGACUGCCAUCUUGAGCCUGUGUUUGUAUCUUGGGGUAGCCUGUGAAAGUUGAUGGGGAAAGGGAUUGAAUUACUAUUUUGAGGUUUUUUCAAAGAAAAGUCAGGUUGGGUGGGAGCCUAGGAGUAAGCUCGGUCAGUGAGCAAGGGACAAGGCACAAGGGGUGUGUGGGGAAAAAAAGUCAUAAGAAUCAUUUGUUCAAGAAAGAAGUCAAGUGUGUUAUUGGGUAAGCCUUGGGAUGAGAAAGAGAGUGUAUGUGCAUUGUGGGGAGGUAAUAGGGGUUCUGAAUGUUCAAAGUCUGCGCCUCACGCUACCCAUCAGGCAGCAGAGAUGGUAUCAGGUAUUUGGUUGUAUCAGAAGAGCACUUACCUGUAGCUUGUACCACAAGGUUAGAGAAUUCAAUAUAAACAUAAUUCUCUCAGGCCUUUGGACCUCAAAUUUGCAGGUUGAAUCCUUUCUGCACAUUUACCACUAAAUGCUUGUUUACCAUCCCCACCCUAUCAGAGAAAUCCUGGCAGUGACACCAUUUUUCAUUUUUCCUGCCAAAUAACUGACACAGGUUCAAAACAGCUGUGUGGAUCUGUGGAAAGUGCUUUGAUCUGGGAGUGAGAGAUGCUUAGGUUCUAGGCCUGUCUAGCUGUGCCUCUGGUCUGUUGGGGGACCUCUGGUGAGUCACUUGACCUCUCUGUGCCUCCAUUUUCUCAUCGGCAAAAUGGGGACAAAUAAUAUCUCCUCCUCCCUCCCUCCCAGGAAUGCUGUGAGGAGAUGCAAUGUGCAUCUUGUGCAAGAUGUGAAAUGUGCAAUGGGCAAGCUUUGAUGCGAAAGCUUUUUGGAAUGAUGAAAGAUAGUUCAGAGAAAUACUAUAAAAAGCCUGUGGGUAGGCAGGGCAGCAGGCUUGAGGUUCCACGUGUCCAGUUCAGUAUGGCUUCGUGGCAUCCUAGUGGCAGCUCAUGAUUUUAGUAAGAAGGGUGCCUUAGGAAAGUCAGUGUUUUUUUAAAAUUUCAGCUUGUCCUUUAGCAUAUUCACCAAGGAGAAAGUGAUAUUUAGGCUAAGGCGAUGAAAGGCUCAUUGGGAAGUGGGAUUUUUCCCUCUCAAGAGAAGGAUUUGUUUUAAUUCCCUCCUGGGGGCAAGAAUAGCCCCAGGGCCUGGAGGAAGAGAGUAAGGGAUCUGUUCUAGACACACCAACGCCCUCCUUCUCCUGGUGGCACCAUUAAACCAGCCUCUGACUAAUGAAGUUUUAAAUAGACCGAGUAGCCAGUCAGCUACCUUAUGUUCAUUUCCUUAUGGAAAACCAAUUCCAAGCCUGUCAUCUCCCCCACCCCCUGCCUCCCCCAUCAUCUCUUGAGUUCCACAGAGAGGGCUGGUUUUAUUUUUAGUGACUCAGGUAUAGUGGUCAGUGAGUGUACCUCUUGAUGAAAUUACCAAUAAUGAACAGUCAAGCUGCAAGUGUCUGGGAAUUGUUCCCAAGGGAUGGUGGAGUUGGAGCCAGAGUGUGUCUGGCCUGACUCCCUGGAGUGAGACAAAAAAAGAAUAUCCCAUUUCUGUCUAUCACUGGCACCAGAUUUGUGGCCAAAAGUAUGUGAUGGGUGGGUGGGCGUGUGCGUGUGCAGAGGACGUGUUUACAAAUGAAAAACGUCAGUACCUCUGCUGGCAGAAACAGGCUAAAGAGAGCUGAGAUUCUGAUUUGGGAAAUGCAGAGCUCAGCUGGGCAUGUGCUUAGGAGAGGGUCACCCUACUCUGCGGGUGGGUUGGAAGGGGAUGGGCAAGUCACAGACUCUGGGAAGGGCCACUGGAGGGAGUGGCAGGAAAAUCCACCCUGUCCUCUCAAUGAUCACCUCUGUGCACUUUAUUGGCUCAAAUUCUUAAAGGAUCCUUUCCUCCCCUUCCCCUUUUGCACUGAGACAUUUCCAAUAUGGGAAUUUUGCCUGAUAUCGAGUUUCCAUGUCUUCUUUCUUCUUCUACCCAUUUGUCUGUCAUUUGUUCUGUGGACCACCUGUCAGCCACUGGUAGAGGCAGUAUUUAGCACCACCUGUUUAUAAUCUGAUCUUCUAAUUCAACUCUGUCUUUUCAGCCAACUGUUUAGGAGGUUUUUGCUCCAGGUUUUCCACUGGGUCCACAAUCCUGCUCACGUAGAGGUGUCACAACAUCCCUAUGUGUGCAUUGAAGCCAGUGCCUCACUCUCCGGUAGCAUUGCUCUCCUAUCCUCUUGACCUACAUUGUCUCACGCAGCUUUCCAUCUGCUAGACUUUCACCCGGGACUCAAUCUUUCAAAUCCCUUCCUUUUGCUUAAGAGCACUGUUGGGAGAGCAUCUGCUAAAAUGUUUACAUGACUAAUCCAGUGUCGGCACUUGGGUGUUCCUGCCAUGAGCUUGCCCUCAUUCUCUGUCUUGCUGGGCAAUAACACCAAACCAAAAUCACUCCCAAGCUCCAGCAACACUCCUAAAAUGGAAGAGAUCUAUAGAUGCCCUCAAAUCUAGCAGUGCCAUGCUCAGUUAGGCCCUUAACUUUUUUUUUAAAAUUCUAUCUUGCAGUAUUUUCCCCCUCCCUUUUUGGCUUUACUAUCCAUGAUGGUGUUACUGGAAGAUUGUGCUGAAUGAAGCAUGUAUUAUAAACUGUCCAGAGUUGUAUUUUUGUAUUAAGGUACCAGCAUCUCUUUUACAUAAAAUAUAUUUGUGCUGGAAUGUGCAUUCUGUCUUCGUGUUUGUGUGACAAAUAAACUUUGGCUAUGAAGAA